AUGACAUUUGGUGACCACUUGUCGAAUUUUCUCAGCCGUCUUCCAGUCGAGUUUGUGAAGGACAUCCGCCGCGACAAGCCAAAGAAUGUCGAGGAGAUAUAUUUUUCGGCGCGCGAGAUCGAAUGCCUCUCAAACCUUCAUCAUGUCCCUGCGCAGCAUCAGAACAACACGAACAGUUUCUGCAAGAAGACGAAAGGGUUUACUCACCGUCUUUUUUCAUCAUCUUCGUCUUCUCCAUCUGCCGCAUCAUCCUCACCUUCGGCUCCUCCUAUGUCUUCGUCACCAUCUACUGGUCCAGUUCCGAUGGACCUUGAUGCGAUGGAACAGCCACCACCACUGAAGACGAAGGAUCGGGUUAGCCAUGAGUUGAACCUCUUCGAGGGAAGUGAGCCCCCGCUGUUCACUGAUUGCUGCAAGGAACCAUUGGAGUUAUCAGUGCUUGAUCUAUCCGAUGAUGCACCUGAACCUCAUUUAUUGCCCACCUAUGCUGUCCAGCUCACUCCCAGUGUCAAUGCGAAGCCUCUUCAGCUCGCGUUGGCCAUUAUUGAUACUGGUGCCGCCUACUGCUAUAUCAAGCCGUCAGUUGUCAGAAGGGCUAAUCUUACAAUGUACCCUAUGACGGCUCAUUCUGUUCGCGGUGCGGGUGCCACUACCACGUCAGCUUGGGCUCAUUUUGCCAUCGAAAUCGGGGGUUGGCAGAAGCCGAUUUGUGCAUUCAUUUUGGACACCGAUACACUGCGCUUCGACAUGGUUAUCGGCCAAGAAUGGCUGCAGAAGUAUAAUGCGCAGCCUGAUUGGGCUACGCGCUCUUGGUUCUUGAUGGAUCCGCAUACUUGUCAGGUUGUACGGCUGCAUGUCAUGACUGUACAGCAGCCUCUUCCCCUGCCGUGCAUCGCUGGAGCCGCUGCAUCAAACCGUUGGGCUUCUCUUGUAGCUGCCCCAUUGGAGUUGUACUCGUUAGCUGAAGAACCUGUAACUGAGUCUCCGCAGGAAACCUCUGGCCACAAAUCCCCACUAGCGAAGAUCAAAUCAUUUGGUGCGCGCUUGCAUGCAUGUAUGAAGGCAAAGUUUCCAUGGUUAUUUCAUACGAAGCUUGGUGCACCACCAGCAGGUCGAUGUGAACAUGUCAUCAAUGUGACUGGAACACGACCAAUUCGUGUGCAUGGGCAUCCUUUAUCGCCACCGGAGCACGAGGAGGUUCGAAAGUUGGUUGACGAAGGUCUGCGGGAUGGAAUUAUUGAACCAAGCAAGUCUCCGUGGUCCGUGCCAUUGAUUCUCAUUCGGAAGAAGGACGGGAAAAUGUGGGUAUGUGUUGAUUUCCGUCAGCUUAAUAACUUCACUGUACAGAAUGCUUACCCUCUUCCUCGUAUCGAUGAUUCCUAUCAAAAUCUUCGUGGCGUGCAUUUCUUCACGACCCUUGACUUGCGAUCCGGUUACUGGCAGAUCCCACUCAGUGCUGCAUCACGCCCGCUGACCGCGUUUGCUAUGCAUUUCGGCCACUAUCAGUUUUGUGUUAUGCCUCUCGGCCUCUGCAAUGCACCUGUGACUUUCCAGAACUUUAUGAACGACCUCCUUCGUUCGCAUCUUGAUCGCUGCGUAAUGGUCUACCUUGAUGACAUCAUCAUCUACUCACCGAACCUUCCGCAGCAUCUCGCUAAUGUCGACUGGGUCCUCACCUGUCUUGAUCACCAGGGUCUGAUCCUACAUGAGGACAAAUGUCAGUGGGUUCAAACUGAGUUGACUUAUCUUGGGCACAUUGUUUCUAUUGCUGGUGUCCGUCCGAAUCCAGAGAAAGUCCAGGCCAUCACUGAAUGGCCACGUCCCGAUAACGUUACUCAUCUUCGCAGUUUCCUCAAUCUUACUGGCUACUACCGCCGUUUCAUGAAAGGGUUUGCGAAGAUUGCUGGGCCGAUGUAUGAUUUAUUGAAGGGCAAUCCCCGGAAGCGUGCUAAAAUUAAAUGGUCAGCCCCUUGCGAACAGGCUUUUGUCGCUUUGAAAUUGCGACUUACCUCUGCUCCUCUUCUCAGUUACCCGUCACCUUGGCGUCUCUUCAUUCUCGAUGUUGAUGCUUCGGGCCAUGCUAUUGGUGGUAUCCUCCAUCAAUCGCAAAAUGAUUUUCCCAAGGGGGAGGGAGAUCACUCAUGCUUCGCGUUCAAGGAGUCUGAUCUUCAGCCGAUUGCUUUUGAAUCAUGUCGUAUGACCCCGACUGAGCAGCGGUACUCCACGCAGGAGUGUGAAAUGCUUGCGAUUGAUCACUGUUUGCAGAAAUGGCGAAGCUACAUUGAAGGCUCACCUGUUGUUGUGCAUUCUGACCAUGAAUCUUUGAAGUACUUCUUGUCGCAGAAACAUUUGGGUCGCCAUCUUGCCCAUUUCGCCGACAACAUCGCACACUUUGAUGUGUUAAUCCAGUACCGCCCCGGUCAUAAUCAGCUUGCCGCUGAUGCAUUGUCCUGUCGUGAUGGCCAAGCUGAUGUUCCAGACUACGAGGCCUCUGGCCCAUUGUUUGCGAACCCGAUGGAGCCAGCAGUGGACUAUGAUAGGUCAGCGCUUUUCGAGACUUUGAAGAAAUGGAGAGAAGACUUACUUCGAGAUGCUAGUGCUGAGCCGAGUCGUCGCGGCUUCCUCGUCCGCGAUGGUGCACUCUUUCACUCUGUUGACCAAGGUCAGGGUGAAGUCUUCUUGCCAGUUCCGGUGAACCUUGACGAGGCCUUGCGGGUCAUUCGGGAGGUACACACUGACCUCGGACAUCUCGGUGUUCGUGCGGUUGCGAAAGUAUUGAAGUCGCACGUAUGGCUGCCAAUUGUCACUGAGUUAGUCGAAUUCGUUAUCCGUCGCUGCGAUGCUUGCCAGUUCACGCAGUGCGAGGCUCCACCUGCCCAGCCGUUGCACCCACUUCCUCGUACGGAUGCCUUUGAUCAUUGGGCUUUAGACUUUAUAGGUCCCCUGGUGAAAUCGAAAGAAGGAAAUGAGUAUAUUCUUACCGCCAUGGAUCACAGCACUGAUUUUGCCUAUGCGACUGCAAUUCCACGCCGUUCUCAUAUUGCUGUCAUCGCAUUGCUGCGCCGCCUUAUCACGACCCAUGGGAAGCCUUCCACCGUCCUCACGGAUAAUGGAGAGGAAUUUCUGUUGUAUCCUUUUCAGAAUUAUCUUCAGCGAUUAGGAAUUCAGCACUUACACACCUCGUCAUACCAUUCGCAGACGAAUGGCCGCCUCGAGAAGUUUAACGAUACGCUGGUACAGACAUUGGCACGUUAUACGGCUCCCAACCGACAGGACAAAUGGGAUCAAUACUUAUCAGAUGCACUUCUUGCGCAGCACGCGCAUGUCAGUCGGAGCCAUGGCACGUCACCUUUCUUCCUUGUGUUUGGUCAUCAGCCUCGUCUUCCGCACGAAACGACUUACGACCUUCUUCGGGCACCACCGACCGACGCGGAGAUCGCAACAUUGCAAAACCGUCAUCUCGAGCAUGUUCAGAACCUUGAGAGGUUCCGAACUGAGGCGAACACAUGCGCCUUGCGCCGCUUGCAGGAUGAGAAGGAUUUAUCCACGCUGGAUUUUAACUACAUCAACCCGACCGCUCUUCCAGAGCAGUACCGCGAGCACCUCCCAUCCCAAGCGGAGUGGAGCACAGAACGAAACGCACAUUUCAUAGGAGGAAGGCCUGUAUUCAUCAGGCCAGACAAUCACAACUUCGACUACUCCCCAGAGGAAUUUGAAAGGACACUUCCCCAUAAUCUUGGUGGAAUAGUCCUCCAGCACAUCGCAGACAGCGGUAUAACAACCUCCUAUCCAGGAGAAAGACCAGACGCCCCUUGGAACCCCCCUGCCCAGAAUCCUAUACCCCAACCGACUCUUGCACCAAUCGUACCUGAUUACAUACCACCGAUGGCUACAGUUACCAUGGAUGAAGGACGUCACCAUGCUAGCCAGAAGGAACUUGGUUUUAGAAAACCCGAGAUCUUCAACGGUUCAGACCGUUCGAAGCUUAGGGAAUUUAUAAACCAAUGCAAGAACUACAUGGCCGGAAAUAGCCAUGUCUACCAGGAGGACAAUCAGAAGAUCGCAUUCGUGCUAUCGCACAUGCAAGGAGGAACAGCAGGAUCAUGGGCACAGAGCUUCAUAGAAACGGAACUCACCAAUGACGACUUCCUUUCUUAUGGGAGUUGGAGAGACUUCAUUGCGAGUGUGAACAAAGCAUUUGGCGAUGAAAAUAUUGAAGAAACCGCUCGUACCUUGCUGCGUAACAUCAAGCAAGGAACUCGUACUGCGGACGACUACAUUGCCGAAUUCCGAUCGCUUGAAUCCAAGGCGAAACUAGAAGAUGCCGGAAAUAUCGAGUAUUUCAAGUGGGGGCUUAACGACCCACUCCGACAAAGGAUAUAUGGGAUGGAAAGCAUGCCCAAGACACUUGACAAGUGGUACGAAUACGCCUCGCGGUUUGAUAACCAAUGGAGAUCUGCUCAGAUCUUCAAACGAGGAGCCACUACGACGACACGAGGAAAGGGCCGAUCUGUCCAUCGUCCCUACUACUCGGCUUCUGCAAAGGAUCCAAACGCGAUGGAUGUUGAUCGUGUCAAUAUCUCGCGCUUAUACCCAGACGAGCGACAGAAGAGAAUGAAAGAAGGAUUAUGUUUCCUAUGCGGAAAGAAGGGCCAUAUAGCCAACGACAGACAAUUUCACCCCCAGUCUGGAAGUUUCACCCGUGCCAGAACGAUACAGCCCGGGUUAGACACAGACACGAUCACAUGGAUCAAGAAGAUGCGAGAAGACCUCGCACAGAAGAAGGAGGUGUCGAAGGAAGAAACCAGAGAGGAACAGAUCGCCUAUGUGCGAAACGUCUUCAACGACAUGACUGACGAAGAACGAACCCAAUUGGAAGCCUUGAUCGAUUCCGGUGCGGCCGAAACGUUCAUGAACAUUCGUUUUGCGGAAGAAAACGAUUUCAUCAGAUGGGAAUUACCGAAACCGAUUACAGUCAUGAAUGCAGAUGGCACACCAAAUCAAAUGGGUACCAUUACUCAUUGCACCUGGAAGAUGAUGAAAAUUGGAGGAAGGAAGACGCUUACUCGCUUCCUCUUGACCGGCAUUGGCAAAGAAAACAUACUUCUUGGCAUGCCGUGGCUUAAACGCCUCAAUCCAAUGAUCAACUGGGAAACCGGUGACUUUUGGUUUGGUAAAGAGGCCAAAUGGCCACCGAAACUCACCGUCGAAGAUGCACCAGAUGAAGAAGUUUCGAUUUUCAAGGAAGAUGGACUCCCAGAGUUAAUCACCACCGAAACUUCCCCUACCUCGUUUGGACAUUCGGAAUCUAUCAGAGAAAUCAUGGCCGAUAACACUGAGCGUGGCGAGUUACCCGCAGUGCGGAAUGAUACCGAACCAGAUGACCUAUCAUCAGAAUCCCCUAUGGAUCAGCUCGAUGACGACGAUCUAGUUAUAUCCUAUAUCGCAGGAGAGCCGGUCAUUGGGAUAUUUGAACCCAUCAGGAAGGAGUCACCUUUGACGAAUGAAGAGACUGAAACCGCAGUCUUCACCAUACGAAGAGGUCCCGCCAUUGGAAGAAUGACACACAGUACUCGAUCCCCAUUAUUCUGUAAUGCACAGAAUACGGUCUUUUACAAAUCAUCCGGUAAAUCACAAGAAUUGGCACAACAGGCACACAAGGAAGCAUCAGCUGUAGACAAACCCAAAACCGUCGAGGAGUUGGUCCCCAAUUACCUCCACGAUUUGAAGUCCGUCUUUGAAAAGAAAGCAGCUGAACGCUUUCCAGAAACCAGGCCUUGGGACCACGCCAUUGACUUGAAACCCGAUUUUAUUCCACGCGACUGUAAAGUCUAUCCGUUAUCGCUCAAAGAACAAGGAGCGAUGGAUGACUUCCUGGAAGAAAAUCUGCGAAAAGGAUAUAUCCGACCGUCGAAGUCUCCCAUGGCUUCACCGUUUUUCUUCGUAGGAAAGAAAGACGGAGCGCUACGUCCUUGUCAGGAUUACCGAUACCUGAAUGAAGGGACGGUGAAGAAUGCCUAUCCUCUUCCGCUCAUCUCUGACCUUAUGGAUCAAUUCAAAGGCGCAUCGAUCUUUACGAAAAUGGAUUUACGCUCCGGAUAUAACAAUGUCAGAAUCAAAGAUGGUGACCAAUGGAAGGGCGCAUUUAAGACAAAUCGCGGACUUUUCGAACCUAUGGUCAUGUUCUUUGGACUCUGCAACUCCCCGGCGACUUUCCAAAUGAUGAUGAACGCACUCUUCAAGGACAUGAUCGACGAGGGAUGGAUAGUCAUUUACAUGGAUGAUAUCCUCAUCUUCUCAAACGAUUUGGAAGAACAUCACGUUCGAACCCGACGCGUACUCCAACGACUCAAAGACAACGACUUAUUCCUUAAACCGGAAAAGUGUUUCUUUGACGUUAAAGAAGUCGAAUUCCUAGGCAUGAUCAUUCGAGAAAACUACAUUGGCAUGGACCCUAUCAAACUUAAAGGAAUUGCGGAAUGGCCUGAACCAAGCACGGUAAAAGGUGUUCGCUCUUUCCUAGGGUUUGGAAACUUCUAUCGGAAGUUUAUUGCCAACUUCUCGGAUAUUGCCAAACCAUUGACAAAUCUUACGCGCACUGCCGCUGGAUCUCCACCUUUUGAAUGGACAACAGAAUGUCAGACAGCUUUCGACACAUUGAAGCAACGAUUUAGUACCGCCCCAGUACUGUUACUGCCUGACAAGGCAAAACCCUUUAUUGUUGAAUCCGACGCUUCCAAGUUUGCUACGGGUGCAGUUUUACGCCAAGCCGAUAUCAAUGGAGAACUCCAUCCUUGUGCCUACAUUUCACAGACGCUCAAUCCAGCUGAACGGAACUACGAAAUCUACGACCGCGAACUCCUCGGAAUUAUUCGAGCCCUCACUGAAUGGCGCCAUUAUCUUGAAGGCUCUCCCCAUCCCGUCGAAGUUCGCAGUGAUCACAAGAACCUCACGUACUUCCGUACAGCUCAGAAGUUAAACCGCCGACAGGCACGAUGGAGUCUCAAAUUAUCACAAUUUGAUCUUCACCUCAUCCAUGUCCCUGGCACUCAGAUGAUCCAAUCUGAUGCGCUCUCUCAUCGUAAUGGACUCGAUGACAGUGAAAGUGACAACGAAGAUCGCAUUCUUUUACCCAACGCACUAUUCGUGCGAUCCAUUUCCCCAACACUAUUCGACGAAAUCAGGAAUCACGCAGCAAAAGACCUCAUUGUUCACGAAGCCCUCGAAGCGAUUGCACACAAAGGGCCAGUCCCCAUGAAAUCAUCGCUUUCCGACUGGGAAGUUCACGAUGGUGUCAUCCUCUACAAGGGAAAGAUUUACGUCCCACCAUCCGAAACUCUUCGUCGUGAUCUCGUUCGACUACAUCACGACUCCCCUGCCAUGGGUCACCCUGGAAAGUUCAAUACUCUUGAACUGUUACGUCGUGAAUUCUGGUGGCCUGGCAUGUAUACAUUUGUCUACAAUUAUGUUGAAGGCUGUGCCGCCUGUCAACAAAUGAAACCGAAUACUCAUCCAACUCGUAUUCCUUUGGAACCAAUUCCCGCCGACCCACACGCAUUACCAUUUUCCUGUUGCACCACCGAUUUUAUUACCGACCUCCCCGUUUCCAACGGUUUUGAUUCAAUUAUGGUCGUAGUAGACCAUGACCUUACGAAGGGGGUGAUUCUUACGCCCUGCCUCAAAACGAUCACAGCCGAAGGAACGGCCAAGAUUUUUCAUGACAAAGUAUACUCGCGAUUUGGAUUACCCGACCGAAUCAUCUCGGAUAGAGGACCUCAAUACGCAUCCAAGGUCUUCCAAGAGUUAAAUCGACUACUCCAGAUCAGAUCAUCAAUGAGCACAGCUUAUCACCCUCAGACGGACGGAGAAACAGAGCGAGUCAACCAGGAGCUGGAAAUCUAUCUUCGACUCUAUUGCGGAAACAACCCUGAAACAUGGGCCGACCGCCUGCCAGACCUCGAGUUUUGUCAUAACACAAGGGAACACUCGGCACGGAAGAUGAGCCCAUUCCGCAUCAUGAUGGGAUAUGAACCACGGGGACUCCCUUCUGUAUUUCCGACCACGAACAUUCCAUCGGUUGAAUCCAGGCUUGACAUGUUGCAGAAGAUAAGACUAGAAGCACUAGCCAUGCACGAGUUAGCCCGACAACAGAUGGCGGACCGAGUCAGACAAGGAUCACCGAAGUUUACACUAGGACAGAAGGUCUGGCUGGACUCGAGGAACCUGAAGGUCAAUUACGCCUCGCGCAAGAUAGCACCAAAGCGUGAGGGGCCAUUCGAAAUUGUCGAAGUCAUCGGACCAGCCAACUAUCGUCUCAAACUCCCGAAGACCUGGCGAGUUCAUUCCGUAUUCCACGCUGCCCUUCUAUCUCCUUAUCGCGAAAACGACAUACAUGGUCCGAAUUACAUGAACCCACCACCUGAUGUCGUUGAUAACGAAGAAGAGUACGAGGUCGAAGCCAUCCUGAAUCACAAGACGUACCGAGGUCAUCUGAGACCGGACUUCGCGUUGCUACUCCGCAAUUGUGACACACAGAUGACAGAGGCGCUCGUCCUUGUCAAGGCUAUAAUGCAUAAGCCCGACGACUGGCUUGCGCAUACACGAGAGUCCAUAUCACUGUUACAGUUCUCAAUGGUGUACGGCUUAUCUUCCGAGAAGCGGAGGUUGGAGGCCCUUGCUGCCUUGCCCCGAAUCAACAGUUUCGUGGACCGACUUGUCCAUGCGGCUUAUCCUGGCGCUCAUCUCGUGGAAUUCUUUCCUAUAUUACACCAUCUUCCAAAUCGAAUAGCCAAGUGGAAGCGUGACACAGAGUAUUGGUUUGAAGAAGACUCCAAUAUGUUCGAAUCUUUGUACUGCAACACCGAACCUACGGGGGAUGGUACAAGGGACAACCUUGUGAAUGCAUUUCUGUCUGAAAGGGAUCAGCAUAACUGUAACCCCAGAGAGGCAGCAUGGCUUGCUGGGACCUUGUAUGCUGCUGGAACUGAAACGACAAUGAGUGUCUUAUCAUGGUUCAUUCUCGUGAUGAUUGCAUACCCCGACGUGCAAGCAAAGGCACAUGCAGAGCUCAACACAGUUGUUGGGUGUUCUCAUUCGCCCUGUUUUGCAGACUGCAGUGACCUGCUAUACAUUCGUGCAAUCGUCAAGGAAGCUCUCUGCUGGCAACCAGUAGCCCUCACUGCUCGGAUGACUGGUAUGGCGACUACUACAUCCCGAAAGGGACUAUUUGCAUUCCAAACAUUUGGUUCGUCCCAAUUAUACUUUAUCCCCUUUGCCGUUGUGACAGGCAAGUUUAUUUUCGACCUCGCAAGGUCUAUGAACAGGGAUCCCGACGUCUAUGGUUCUGACGCUCAUGAAUUCAAUCCAGACCGCCAUUUGAGCGAAGACGGCGGCAUCGGCAGAGCUCUCUCCAAUACUAAACAAGAGGGCCAUUCAAGCUAUGGUUUCGGGAAAAGAUUUUGCGUGGGCAGGCACGUGACGAAUGACUCCCUUUUCAUUAACAUCGCCCUCAUUCUCUGGGCAUUCGAGAUCUGCAGCGUCGAUGACAAUAAGCCCUCGUGUGCAGACUUCAUCAAUACUGGCCUUGUCAUGUGA